GGAAGAAUGUCCUACUGAAAGGAAGACUAGGCUACCUUAGACGACGCUUGCUUCCCUGCCAAAAAUCAGAAAAGCUAUUUUGUUUUUGCUUUUUUUUUUCUAUUUCUUUUUGGAUAUAUUUCUAAGAGCUGUCUUUGUUUUUGUUUUUGUCUUUCUAUUUGAUUUCAUUCGAUUUCAUUUCAUUUCAUUUGUAUUGUAUUGUAUUGCAUCGCAUCGCAUUUUAUUCAUAGACAUCUGGUUUCCACCAAAAGUGCAUUCAUUCUCUAUGGCAUCUGCUGCAGAAUCUAUUGUACAAAAAGACAGACUGCGUCAUGAUCAAUGGUCUAAAAUUUUGCGUCGACCUGGCCCUUUUGCUCCUGAUGUAGAUCCGCAACUCGAUUUGAACGACCUGUUUGCUUCCAAAAUCCUUGUUGUUGGAGCCGGUGGACUUGGCUGCGAAAUCCUCAAAAACUUGGCCCUCAGUGGGUUUCGCGAGUUGCAUGUCAUCGACAUGGAUACCAUCGACGUUACGAAUUUAAAUCGUCAAUUCUUGUUUACUGAACACGAUGUCGGAAACUCCAAGGCUUCCGUCGCUGCCAAGGCCAUUAUGCGACGCGUCCCCUCUACCACCGUUAUACCCUUCCAUGGAAGGAUCCAGGAUAAGUCUCUCGAUUACUACAAACAAUUUCAGUUGGUCGUCUGCGGCCUAGAUUCCGUGGAGGCUCGUCGGUGGAUCAAUUCUACGCUUGUUUCAAUUGCCAAAGGCGGUGAUUUUCUGCCCUUGGUCGAUGGUGGCUCCGAAGGUCUUAAAGGUCAAGCUCGUGUUAUUUUGCCUUCAAUCACUAGUUGUUACGAAUGCUCUCUUGACAUGUUGACCCCCAAAACCUCUUAUCCCAUUUGCACCAUUGCCAACACUCCCCGUCUACCUGAACACUGUGUGGAAUGGGCCUUUUUACUCGAGUGGCCUCGUGUUGCUGAAAAAAAUUCAGAAAAUACGAAAUCCUCACAAGAAAUUUCUCUCCAAGAAGAAGGCUCUUUACGAGAGGAAACGUCUGUCAGCCUUGCUCCCGCUUUCGACCCCGAUAUCCCCUGGCAUGUGGAUUGGAUCGUAGACCGUGCACGAGAUCGUGCCGUUGCUUUCAACAUCAAUGCUCAAGACAUUGAUCGCUUUUUCGUCUUGGGUAUUGUCAAACGCAUUAUUCCAGCUGUCGCUUCCACAAACGCCAUCAUUGCCGCUGCUUGUUGCAAUGAAGUCCUCAAAAUCCUUACCGACUGCAAUCCUUCCCUUGACAACUAUAUGAUGUAUAUCGGCGAAGACGGUACCUACACCUUCACCUUCAAUUUGGAAAAGCGAAAUGACUGUUCCGUCUGUGGUACUCUUACCGAAACUUAUUCGUAUUCCGUUACCCAUCCUCCUCUCUUGUCUACCCUAAUUCAUCACUACCAAACAAAGUAUCAACUACAUAAUCCCUCUGUAUCAUCCACAAGUGGAUUUCCUUUGUAUUUCUCGUCUCCGCUUCCUUUGCAGCAAGCCACCUCGAGAAAUUUAUCCAAAUCCAUCCUUGAUUUAAUAUCCCCAACUCAGCAGUUGGUUUUUACGGAUAAAUCUCUAACAACAAGUCUUUACAUAUCUUUACAAGAAAUUUCCAAUGAUGCUUCCUAACUUCGUCCCCUUUUUUUUUCGUAAUGCUUUGUCUCUCUUUCCAUUCCUCCGACUAGUUAUUUUUCUUUUUCUUUUCCGUUUUUUUUUUCUAUUUAUUUAUUCUCUAGAAUGCUUUUUGUUUUCCAGCAACUACCCAGUUCUAACUUCAGUAAGAUCUCAGUUUAGUACUCACAAGAAAAAACUGGUUUCAUUUUUCCUGAAAAGUCGACAUUCAUAAAUGCGAGUUUCUAUUACUUACAUCCAUUUAGCAUCACUUGAAAAUCUGAUUUCACUUUUGGUAUAUAGCAAACCAUCUCAUCUCAUCUCAUCUCAUAAGAAGUAAAAUAAUACCUGUAUGAAUCCUCUAAUUCAAUAUUUCUUUUCAUCGUUUUCUAUAAACAAUUCUUUUUAUUUUAAAAAUUCA